CCGGCAGCACCAGCUGAGUGGGUGCAGUGGGCUGGAUUUUUUUCUGCCUGACCAGUAUAUAUGGGUUCUGUGUUUACUGUUAGCUAGUUAAAGUUCUUAGUUUUUGUCACCAUCUGAAAGUCACAAUGUCCCGUCUACUUUGUUUGCCAUAACUAGUCGACGGCAUAUUGUAAAAGUUAUUGGUAAACUAUUGUCUCAGAUACAGAUUUUUUAUCCAUACUUUUGUUGUUUUUGUUUGUCCACUAACUGAAGAGGAAGCCUCAUCUGGAAACAUCUGCUCAAGAUCAUCCUAAAUUUAAGUGAAGGUCUACUUCUAAGGUGGCAGCCAUGGUGCUGAUUCUGGGCAGAAGGAUGACCAGGGAGGACUCUGGCGUCAAAGAUUCACCAGCUGUCAAACGCAAGGUGUUUGAGGUUGACUCCAAAACUUUUGCCAGCCAGGAUGUCUUGGACUUCUGUUCUGGCUCAUCCCACUCCGAGGGCAUCCUGCAGGUUUUCAAUGAGUUUCGUGACAGCCGCCUGUUCACCGAUGUUGUGAUCAGCGUGCAGGGCCGGGAGUUCCCCUGCCAUCGCGCCGUGCUCUCUGCCUGCUCCUCCUACUUCAGAGCCAUGUUCUGCAACGAUCACCGGGAGAGCCGCGAGAUGCUGGUCGAGAUCAACGGCAUCCUGGCCGAGGCAAUGGACUCUUUCCUCACCUAUGUUUACACCGGCCGCGCCAAGAUCACCACAGAGAAUGUCCAGUUCCUCUUUGAGACCUCCAGCCUCUUCCAGAUCUACAUACUCCGUGACGCCUGUGCCAAGUUUCUGGAGGACCAGCUGGACCCCUGCAACUGCCUGGGCAUCCAGCGCUUUGCAGAUGCUCAUUCCCUGAAGCAGCUUGCCAGCCGCUGCCGCAUCUAUGCCAUGGCCAACUUCUCAGAUGUGGCUCAGCAUGAGGAGUUCCUCGACCUUCGCAAGGAAGAGCUGGAGGAGUACACUGCCAAUGAUGAGCUGUGUAUCGGUAAGGAGGAGGUGGUGUUUGAGGCUGUGAUGAGAUGGGUGUACUACAGUGUGGAGCAAAGAAAGCCCAUGCUGAAGGCCCUGCUGCACCAUGUGCGCCUGCCCCUUCUGCACCCAAACUACUUUGUCCAGACAGUGGAAGGAGAUCAGCUCAUCCAGAAUGCUCCAGAGUGCUACCAGCUUCUGCACGAGGCCAGGCGCUAUCAUGUGCUCGGAAAUGAAAUGAUGUCACCCAGAACUCGUCCACGCAGGUCGACUGGCUUUUCUGAGGUGAUUGUGGUGGUGGGUGGUUGUGAGAGAGUGGGGGGCUUCAACCUGCCCUACACUGAAUGCUAUGAGCCAGUCACAGGAGAGUGGAGAUCACUGGCCAAACUACCUGAGUUUACCAAGUCGGAGUAUGCUGUCUGCGCCCUUCGCAACGACAUCCUGGUGUCAGGUGGUCGUAUCAACAGCAGGGACGUGUGGAUGUAUAACUCCCAGCUCAACCUGUGGAUCAGAGUGGCUUCUCUUAACAAAGGCCGCUGGAGACACAAGAUGGGCGUCCUCCUGGGCAAGGUGUAUGCUGUAGGUGGCUACGAUGGGCAGAGCCGCCUGAGCAGUGUGGAGUGUUAUGACUCCUUCUCUAACCGCUGGACUGAAGUGGCUCCCAUGAAAGAGGCGGUCAGCUCUCCAGCCGUGUCCAGCUGUGCCGGCAAGCUGUUUGUCAUAGGAGGAGGACCUGACGACGAGACCUGUUCAGACAAAGUUCAGUGCUAUGAUCCAGAGACAGACUCUUGGUUAUUGCGGGCCAACAUCCCCAUCGCCAAGCGUUGUAUCACAGCAGUGUCCCUGAACAACCUGAUCUAUGUGUGCGGGGGUCUCACAAAGUCCAUCUUCUGCUAUGACCCCGUAGGGGACUACUGGAUUCAUGUGGUUCACACCUUCAACAAACAGGAGAGCUGUGGCAUGUCAGUGUGCAACGGCAAGAUCUUCAUCCUUGGAGGGAGAGGGGAAAAUGGCGAGGCAACUGACACCAUCCUGUGUUACGACCCAUCAUCAGGCAUCAUCACAGGAGUGGCAGCGAUGCCACGUCCAAUCUCCUACCAUGGAUGUGUCACCAUCCACCGCUACAAUGACAAGUACCACAGGCCCUGACCAUGAACAAGCAAACACACACACACACACACUAAAGAACUUAAAAUCUUCAAGUUCACUCUGCACAACACACACAGAUCAACACAAUAACACACUUGUUUAUACCUGGCACAUUAGGUUGCUUUGUCCAUUUUCCCACUACUAAUUUAUUUUCCCACAGCAUCAUGUAGCAAUACUUCUGGUUACUCAUGGUGGUGCUGUGAAUCUUUUCCCUUGUGUAUCAUAGUUCAAGCCAUUCUGUGGAAAUUACCAUUGGUUGAUGAUAACUUGUCUAUAGCCGGAGCUAAAGUGGAGUCAGAUCACCAUGGUAGAUGUGCCUUGCAUUUAAAGUAACUGCACAUUGUUGGGAAGUAACAGAUCAUUAAUGAUAGAGGUAAGAGGAAUUAAUUAUCAUUAUGGUAAAAUAAAUAGAAAUGCAAACGAUUUUAUUGAAAAUGUUGUGAAAAUUUUACAAAAUUGUAAUUUGAGAUUAAAUUCUGAUCCUAAGAAUUGUGUUUCUGUUGUAAUGCAAUUCUAAACUCAUGUAUUUAAGAAAUAAAGUAAAGUAAAUGUUUUGCUUACAUAAUUACAUAUUUGGUGGAUUGUAAGUAAGUACUAAGUGAUCUUCCCCAGCCUGUGCUUAUAUUACUGUGCAAAGGGAUCACUCCCCUGAGAUUGAUGAUAACAAUAACACAAAUGAGCCAAUUAUUAUCCACCUGCAGCAGAAAAAAAAAGAUAAAAGGCUUUAAUUGUCAUAAGCACAACAGCUGCAGCAUAGUUUUGGCAAAGAAAAUAUUGAGUCCCAAGCUCCUCCACUAGUGCAACAUACACUAUCCUUAGCUAAAUGGCCAGGUCAGAUCUGAAACCUUGUACCCAAUGCACUCCAUGCAAUCAUCCAGAACAGUACAGUACGGUACUAGUAAAGAACUUUAGAAAGUACCGCCCUCCAUUUAUUAACUUCUUUCUUGAUACUUAAAAUGACCUUGAUAAAAAUGUGGUAAACAGUCAGUCAGCUUCUCUUCCACAGUAUCAGUGGUCAUAGGGUAAAGAGAAGAAAAGAGAUAAAAAGUGGAGCCCGUACAAAAAUAUUGGAUCCCAGCCACUGUUGGCUCUGCCCUCUUGUUUCCUUAUUCACUUAGUUCCACUUCCCUCGUGCAUUUCCCCUUUUCAUCCUCCAGCUGUGCCAUCACCUCAAACUUUGGUUUCUCCUUUUUAUAUUUUUCUACAUUUGAAUUAUUAUUACUCUCAUUACAGACUGCUUUAUUUGUUUUAUUAUUUUAAGUUAUACUUGUUUGUCUUUUUUACAAUUGGAUUUUCACUGUAUUAUAAGUAGCUUUAGUGUGUGUUUUUCAUAUAAAUGUUUGUUCAUUGGUGUACUUGGUAGAUGGGUGAUUUUGUAGAUGAGAGAAGCCUUUGUAGAUCAAACUCAAAGACUCCUCUGAGUAAGUGGUUUGCAUGCUGGGUGUGUGUGUGUAUGUGUAUAUGUGACUUUUACGACUGAGUCCUAAUGUGUAGGAGCCAAAAAGUAUAUCAAUGAGUGUUGGUGUUAGCAUUGCACGACUGUUGAUUCUGUUCACAGAAGUUUUCACACUGAUGGUCACACCUCUCACCUCUGCACUUACAUGUAAAGAUGUAAUUUGGGGUACCUACAGUAUAGGUACUACCAAGUGUGUAUGUGUGUUUUUGUGUUUACUAGUAACUAAGGUGGUGUGUGUAGCAGUGCUGCACCUCACUCAGGGAGUGGGUUAAGAGUUUUGAAUGGAAAGUGUUUUGAAUGAUGUGGCUCAUGGCGAGUAAAAGUCACCUUUUACUAUAGUAGGUGUUGAUAGACAAGACAUAUUGCUGUGAAUAUAACUUUAAUAUGUGUCUUUGUGUAUUUAAAUGUGUCUCUUUUUUGGUUGCAUAUUACGUUUUUCCUGUAACUGAGGGCCCCAAUAGUGCACUUUGACAGAAUCCUGUUAAAUGUAAAACCUUAUUCCAAUGAUUUCCUUUUGUUUUACUGUAUCAGUAAAGGUUCUUUGCUUUCAUGUGAUGUAUGGAAGAGACCACAAGGGAACCUUUAAGCUCCUCAUGUUAGCCACUACCUGCUAAGGCUCUGUUGAAAAAACAUAAUACCUGCUACAAUAGAACACUGUCAAGAGUCAGCAAGAGACCUUUGGUUUUGAAUUUGAGGUUAAAAGGUUUAUUGUUUCUCAUAAUAAGUGUUCUUCCAUCCGUCAGUCACAGUGGCAGUAACAGGUAGGGGUAAAUCGGACUAAGCCAUCCUCAAGGCAGUAUCUCUGAAGAUGUGCUCAACAGAAAUAUAAAUUGAAAAGAAACAUCCUCAGGCCUUAUGAUAGGUAACAUACUGUACUGAAGGGUAACUCAGGAAGUGAACAAGAGGACGUUUGGGGCUAAGAAUGUGGUAGCAAAAAUGAAUCAGAAGGAGUUACAAAAUAGUGAGUGAGAGAAGAAAUUUGAGUGUGUGUGCGUCUGUGGUUCCACUGAGUAUUUACACAUAACAACACUUUAUGUUGAUUUAUUGAUUUUCAUUAUUUUCUAUGUAGAGGCCUUUAAACAUUGUUUACUUUGAUAAGAUUGUUUAUUGUUCUUAUCAAUUGAUCUGUUUUUCUUUCCUUCUGAUUGUUGUGGGGAGCAGGAAUAUUUUGACACCCACAUGCAAAAAUGGAUUGCCUUAAAUCAAACCCUGAAAAGCGGACCGUUAAAGUUGAGUGAAGCAUUAAUAAUUAAUAUGAAUGCAGUUAUAAACCAAAGUGGAUUAGAUUCAAGCACAAAGGUGACUUUGUUGUAAAAUGGCAAUGGAUAAACUGCGCUGGCAUGCGAGGUGGGGGGCUUUAGCUUGUUGAGUAAUGCCCAAUGUGCCUUAAUUAAAAAGAAUGACGAGUGGGGUAUUUAAUGGCUUCAUUUUGAUAGACAUUGUUCUUAUUGUUGUAUGAUGUGAUAUUUUAACACCACUUACUCCUCAGAUGCACUUUGUUCAACUGCAAGAAAUUUUUUGGAUUUUUUAAAAACUGCAUAAUGUUGAAAUGUAAUGGUUGACUUGUGUAAAAGAAACAUCAAUAAAGUUUUGUCUUUCCGUAUCA